UUAGAUCUGCAGUGGUGCUAGAUGAGUGUUACAAUUUUCGGAAACCCUACAAAGAAUAUGUAGCUUUACCACCAGGUCUGAAACAAUAGGUCGGCUCAUCAUUUAGAUUUGUACUUAAUCUAGAGGGACACAAGAUGGAAUCGAAUGGCAACCUUUGGAAACGUCAGGUUAGUGCUUGCACAAAGAGAAGGAGACACAAAAUCAUACAGCUCUUUUUUCUGCCAGCAUAUUUUGGUACUUUAAAUAUUUUUGCAGAGCCAAGCUUCUUUCUUUCUCUUUGUCAUGGGCUGAUCUGAAGUGGGCAGUGGUGGAGACAAAAUCCUGACAAUCAGAUGCAAAUUCCUUGUUUAUCUAAUUAUUGAGGCUAGUUAAUGUGUAAUCCCACUAAAGGCGGUGCUGUUAUGUCUUCAUUUCCUUGAUUUAUGGAAGUUCAUAGUCUAAUUACUGACUGUGAGCUCCUCACUUAGCUUGGAUUCACUUGUUGAAGAUCCUCACAUGGGACAGACAUGGCUAAAGGAGUGUACAUCUCUAAGUCCUUGGCUAUUGCCACCGUGGUGCUGACAUUUUCUGCGCUUGGUGGCAUCAUUGUUAUGGUCACCCUCUACAAGAUGCAGAUAGAUAGAAAACCACCAGUGCGUCCACCAAGCCCCGUUCCUACUACGCCGAUUCCAACAGGACUUCCUCCAACUCUAAGACUUCCUGACAAUUUGGUUCCAGAGAGCUACGACGUCUACCUUCGCCCAUAUCUCUACACGACAUUGCCCAAUGCCACUGACCAAGUUAACAUUUUUGAAGGGAACUCAACAGUUAGGUUUAAAUGUGUAAAAGACACAUGGACUAUCUUUCUUCAUGCCUUGGAUCUAUCUGUAGACAAAGUUAUAGUGACCCACUCUAAAACAAGGGAAAUUAUACAAGUAGAGAGAUACACUUUGCACAACGACUCAAGUUUUUUUGAGAUCCUGCUUAAAAAACAGUUAGUAGGAAAUGGGGACGAUUAUGAACUUUUUACCCAAUUCAAAGGGGAACUCCUUGAUGAUUUGACUGGUCUUUAUACAAGCCAGUACACCGAAAAAAUUCUUGGUGAAGAUGAGAAAAGAUUUCUUGUUGCAAGCCAGAUGCAAGCCACUGAUGCUAGAAGAGUUUUCCCUUGCUUUGAUGAACCAGCUCUGAAAGCAGUUUUUAAUAUUACUAUUAUCCACAGACCUGACACCAAAGCCCUUUCCAAUGCUAAGGCUGAAAAUGAACGAUAUGUGGAUGGAGAUAUGUGGCUUGCUACUACAUUUGCCCCAACACCACUCAUGUCAACAUAUCUCUUGGCUUUCACAGUGAAUGAAUUUAAGGAAGAAUUUAGUGAAUAUGAUAAUAAAAGAAUAUCGAUCUGGGCCCGACCUGAGGCUGUGACUGCUGGACAUGCGAAGUACGCAGAGAGUAUCACUGGGAAGAUUCUGAGUUUCUAUGAGAGCAAAUUUCAGAUAAAAUACUCAUUACCAAAACUAGAACAGAUUGCCCUGCCUGACUUCAGUGCAGGUGCUAUGGAAAACUGGGGCCUAAUAAUGUACCGUGAAUCAGCUCUUCUAUAUGAGGAUGGUGUGUCCUCUUCCUCUGAUAAAGAAUGGGUUGCCAUUGUGGUAGCUCAUGAACUGGCACAUCAGUGGUUCGGAAACCUUGUCACAAUGAACUGGUGGAACAACCUGUGGCUGAGUGAGGGAUUUGCAACAUACAUCUCUUACCUGGGAGUGGACGACAUCGAGCCUACAUGGAACAUAAGAGAUAUGUUUGUGCUGAAAGAAAUGCGUCCAGUCAUGGAACUGGAUUCACUAAAUGCUUCACACCCUCUCAGCUUGAAGGAGUUUGAAGUUGAGACAUCAUCAGACAUUUUGGGACUAUUUGACAGCAUCACCUACAGCAAGGGGGCAGCUGUGCUAAGAAUGUUGUCAGCUUACAUGGGGGAGGAAAAGUUUUUUGUUGGACUUAGGACCUACCUUAACAAGUACAAGUACAAGACUGCGAACACUGCAGACCUUUGGAAGUGCAUGCAGGAGGCUACACAUGAGGAAAUAGACAACAUCAUGACAGCAUGGGCAGAGCAAGUGGGCUACCCUGUCAUCAACAUAAAUACCACCACUGGAGAGAUUGCUCAGGAGCAGUUCCUUUUAAAGGAAGCAGGGGACACUGGGCUUGAAUGGCAGGUUCCAAUUAUCUACAUGAAAUCUGAUUUUGUACAUAAGAAAGAUUUACUAAAAGAAAAAGGGCCAGUGAGAAAGCCUGCUUAUGAAGUUACUGAUGAUGGAUGGCUAUUAGUCAAUAUAAACUGCAGUGGUUAUUACAGAGUGAACUAUGAUGAACAGAACUGGAAUAGACUUAUCAAUCAACUGGAGAGUAAUCAUGAAGUUAUCCCGCUCAUUAACCGAGGCCAGUUAAUUGAUGAUGCAUUUAAUCUUGCUAGGGCCAAAUACAUCAAUGUCACACUGGCAUUGAGCACAACCAAGUAUUUGAUCAAUGAAACUGAAUAUGUACCAUGGGAAUCAGCUCUGAACAACUUGGGUUACUUUAUUCUCAUGUUUGAUCGUUCUGAAGUCUACGGCCCCAUGCAAAAAUACCUACGAAAGCAAGUUGAUCCACUUUACAAGUACUUCCAAGAAUACACUGAUAAUGCAACUGUUCCAGAGAACCUUGCUGACCAGUACAAUCAAAUUAAUGCUAUUUCAGUGGCAUGCAGCAAUGGUGUUCCUGAAUGCAUAAACAUGGCUACAAAGCUUUUUAAUGAGUGGAAAAAUGGCACAAAUCGGAUUCCACCUAACUUAAAGUCUACCAUCUACUGCAACGCUAUAGCAGCUGGAAAUGAGGAUGACUGGGAUUUUGCAUGGAAACAAUAUGAAGAAGCCACAAUUGCCACAGAACAAGACGUACUAAGAUAUGCCCUCUCCUGUACCAAAAUAAUCUGGCUUUUAAACAAAUACCUUGAGUACACUCUAGACCCCACCAAGAUAAGAAAGAUGGACAUAGUGUCUACCAUAAACUACAUUGCCAGGAAUGUAGCUGGACAACCUCUUGCCUGGGAUUUCAUUCGGGCCCAAUGGACAUUCAUAAGUCAAGUGUACGGAGGUGGGAUAGGAUCUGUUGGAAGCUUGAUUGAUGAUGUAACUGAGAGGUUCUCCACAGACUUUGAACUUCAACAGCUGAAGCAGUUCCAAAGUGAACUUGAUGAAGAUGGCCUCGGGCCAAUGACACGAGCUUUUGAUCAGGCAAUUGAGAGAACUGAAACCAACAUUAAAUGGGUGAAAGAGAACAAACAGACUGUGUUGAACUGGUUCAGAGAACAGACACAGGUCCACUGAGCUUUUGCAGGUCUGCACAACUCUGUGCAUAAAAAAGCCAGAGCAAUGAGAAACAGAUGUAGAAUAAUGUGGUGGUUAUAGAGACAACAUCCUGUGUUUCACAAUGUUUUUCUUUUCCACAAGCGAACCGUGUUUCAUAAGGAAAUCUCAUUAUGUUGAAUCAGAAGACAGGCCUUUCCUCAAAAAGACUACACUUAAAAAAAGGAAAAAAGGAAAAAUUUAAUUACACAAUUCAUAGUUUUAAAUGUUUUUUUUUUUACUUUAUAAGAAGUUAUCACAUCAUCUCAUUGUUCUAAAAAAUAACAAUACAUGUUAUUUUUAUACAGAACUGUGCAAUUUUAUAGUUAUCUAUAUAUUACUGGUGCCAGUUGUUGCCAAAUGAACAAAAUUUAACAUGUUAGUCUCAAUCUAUCAAUUCUCAGGAAUUGUCAGGAAUUUGGUUUAAUUUAUUUUUUUAGUCGUAUAGUACCAGUAAAGAAAUGUUUACUGCUAAUUACUCAGGCAUAUUUUAAGGUAAUAAAUUUAUUUACAAUAUAGUGCAUUUUGUAAGUAUAGAAACUAGUAUAAAUGUAUGUACUCCUUAAAUGAAUCAUGUUAUUUUUUGAAAU